CUUAAAGCUGUUAGCGUUUUAUCCUGGCAGGCUCCUUAAGAUUGUUGUGAGGAGUCUAGCCAGUUGGUGAGCUCUGUAAUCUAAACCAGCUGUCCCCAGACUGAGGCCCCCAUUUGCAUUGUUUAACAUACUUAGAAAAUGAAGUGUUCAUUUUUAACAUUCCUCCUCCAAUUGGUUUAAUGCUGAAUUACAGAAGAGAACUAAGCAAAACCAGGUGCUUUCUCUGUAUUCUCUCCAGUGUCUGAGGAGGUGCAGACCUCUCCCUGUCCUCUCCAUUACUUGCUAUUUCAUUCUUUGGAAUAUAAAUGACUGAAGAACUGAAGUGUUAGCAACAGGCUGACAUUCACAAACACUUUUCAGCUAUUCAUCAGUGCAGACUGUAUUUUUUUCCACAUUCUCUUACAGAUGCUGGACAUGCAAGGAUUAAAGAGGACACUGACUGUUUUCAUGCUGGCCAUUUGCCUUCCAAGCCCUGGAAAAGCACAGCAGCAAUGCACUAAUGGGUUUGACCUGGACCGUGCCUCUGGGCAAUGCUUAGAUAUUGAUGAAUGUCGAACUAUUCCUGAGGCAUGUAGAGGAGAUAUGAUGUGUGUCAACCAGAAUGGUGGCUAUUUAUGUAUACCCCGAACAAAUCCAGUGUAUCGAUCACCAUAUAUGAAUCCUUAUUCAAACAUGUACCCACGACCCCCUGCACCAGUCCCAGCUCCAAACUACCCAACUGCUACAAGACCUUUGUGUCGGUUUGGUUACCAGUUGGAUGAAAGCAACCAAUGCAUUGAUGUGGAUGAAUGUGCUUCAGAGUCUCACCAAUGUAACCCCACCCAGAUCUGCAUAAACACGGAAGGAGGAUACACCUGCUCCUGCACAGAGGGAUAUUGGCUCUUAGAAGGCCAGUGUUUAGACAUAGAUGAAUGUCGCUAUGGUUACUGUCAGCAGCUAUGUGCCAAUGUACCUGGCUCCUAUUCGUGCACAUGCAAUCCAGGUUUUACCCUUAAUGAAGAUGGAAGAUCAUGCCAAGAUGUGAAUGAAUGCGCGUCUGAGAAUCCUUGUGUGCAAAACUGUGUCAACACCUACGGCUCAUUUCUCUGCCGCUGCGAACCUGGCUAUGAACUGGAAGCAGAUGGAAUUACUUGCAUUGACAUGGAUGAGUGCAGCUUCUCGGAGUUCCUUUGCCAGCAUGAAUGUGUGAACGCUGCUGGUUCCUACUACUGUUCCUGUCCUUCUGGCUAUCUUCUACUCGAUGACAGAAGAAGCUGUCAAGAUAUCAAUGAAUGUGAGAAUAGAAACUUUACUUGUACCCAACAGCAAACUUGUUUCAAUAUUCAAGGAGGAUAUAAAUGUUUAGACCCAGUGAGAUGUGCGGAUCCUUAUAUUCAGAUCAAUGAAAAUCGCUGCAUGUGUCCUGCUGAAAACCCUGGUUGCAGAGAUCAGCCAUUCACCAUCCUCUAUAGAGACAUGGACAUGGUGUCGGGACGGUCUGUGCCUUCUGACAUCUUUCAGAUGCAAGCAACAAGUCGCUAUCCUGGUGCCUAUUACAUCUUCCAAAUCAAAUCAGGCAAUGAGGGCAGAGAAUUCUACAUGCGGCAAACAGGACCUAUCAGUGCUACUCUAGUGAUGACCCGUCCUGUGAAAGGACCACGUGACAUUCAGUUGGACUUGGAAAUGAUCACUGUUAACACUGUCGUCAACUUCAGGGGAAGCUCUGUCAUCCGGCUGAGGAUAUAUGUAUCACAGUACUCAUUCUAAACCUUGAGUUCGUCCCCUUUAAACACUAAUAAAGCAACAACAGAGACACAUAUUUUGCAGAACUUUCUCCUCAGAAGUCAGUACACAUAGCAGCUCAAAACCAAAUCAGUAUUACCACAGACACAACGGCUUAUGCCAGUCUGAUGAGAGAGGCCUCUUCAUGUACAGUCCUUUCCAGGAUGCAGACAUCUGAACAUAUAUUGUCAGCAGAUCCCAUAUGAUUCUAUAUGUGGUUAUAUGUUUUAAGAACCUCUUUUGUUAUUUUAAACUUUUCUAGAGUAUGGUUCUAUGCUCCAAAGACUGUGAACCUCUCCACCUCUAUAACUGCAGCCUGCUUAGCAAAGGCACCAAAGAAACUGAGGAAAAGCUGGCUUAUGCAAUUUUGCUUUUUUUCACUUAAAAAGGAAGCCAAAUCAACCCCCUCCCCCCAAAAAAACCCAAACUCCACCUUUACAAACAUGGAUUCUGAGAAACACGAAUUACCAUUUCCAAUUAGCUCUGGAUUGUCAGUUAUACACCUUGUCUCAGUUGUCCCUGCAUUUGUUUUAGUUUCACUGUGGUUUCACACUAAAUUCAUUUCAAAAUACAGGUUGUACUAUGUCUGACUGGA